AUGGGGACUGUACGGCCUGUGGAUUUGAAGGUUCAACCGGCACCUUAUCAGAUCCGAUACUCAGUUCUCCAGAAAAUUGUGAAGACCUUGGAGAAAUUUGAAGAUGCUACAUCGAACGCGGGAAAACGUGCAAUAGAGCUGGAAGCGAGCGUAGCGCGCAAAAGCGGCUCUGGGCAAAGUUAUCGUUUCAAUUCAAGUGUGCUGAUACGAGACCUGAUCAAGACAAGAGGCAAGUUGGAAGAGCCCGGUAGCUCGGGUUUGCGGAGUAAACGAAAUGGAGUCAAGGAUAAGCUGACGAAGGCUGCUGUCAUGAAAAGUUUGGAGGCCAUUUUGAUUGACGGGCCUACUUUGUCAGCCAAUGGAUAUAAUACUGGAAAUUUGGGGGAGGUGGAUACUGUGGGCUGCAUAUCCGCUAUGGGCUCUGAACGUGAUUUUACCACCUGCAUACGCUGUAAUUCCAAAUUCGAUAAAAUCAAAAUUAUGAGCCCGGCCACCUGCCGAUUCCAUGUGCAAAGAAAACGCUAUAAUCGUGAGACCCGAGAAGGAGAAUAUGCUUGCUGUGGUGAAACGACGUCUUCCACUUCCUUCCUGGCUUUGGGGUGCAAAACUCUUCCGCAUCACGUAUUCCGAGCAGAGACGUUUGAAGCUAUGUCGAACAUUUCGCCCUUCAGAAACACUAGUGAUGUUGACGGUGAGAUAAAUGUGCUGGCACUGGACUGUGAAAUGGCUUUCACGUCUUGCGGCUACGAAUUAAUCAGGUUAACGGUUGUAGACUUUUUUUCGAGUGAAGUGGUUUUUGAUGAAAUAGUGCAACCUUUUGGUGAAGUGAUAGAUCUAAAUUCCGAAUUUAGUGGGGUCCACACUAUUGACAAGAGCAAGUCUGUAUCAUUUGCCAAAAUGCUGGAGCUUGUUCUCAAUAAUAAAAUGAUUAAUGCCAACAGCAUUUUGAUAGGGCAUGGUAUGGAAAAUGACCUGAACGUUCUGAGACUGAUUCAUAAGAAGAUCAUAGAUACAGCCAUUUUGUAUCCCAGGGGAAAAUUCAAGUCGUCACUUAAAGACUUGACCUUUGAAGCGGUGAGCAAACGUAUUCAAACCGGCGAGCACGACAGUUCCGAGGACGCAAAAGCUACCAUGUGGGUUUUAAAGGCUAAACUAGGAAUACCCUUACAGCAGUCUGUUUGGGACUGA